AACCACAAACUCUAAAACCAAAACCACAAAAAAAAAAUUAAUUGUAUGCAGGCACACAACUCUAAUAGCCGGAAAGGGAAGACUUUUACUUAACUACCAAAACUAACUAGCAAGUAACCAACACUUAUCCAGAUUAGUUACAAGGCGAAAAAUAUAGUGGUGACUAACCAAUUCAAUCACUGGUUGAAAGUGUGCUAGUGCUUCGAAAUAUGAUCUCAUUUCGAUUGCUUGCCAAGCCGCAUGCCGCGGCUAUUGGCAAGGUCAUGAUGAGAAGUAUGAUGAUGAAUCGAUAUAAGUGGCUCUCUCCAUUACGUAUAGGUACAUCAUAUGGGUCUAUACGGCCUGUUGGGCAUAGACAUUCAUUAACAUUAACACAAAACUUAAGGUAUUACAGCAGUGUGCCACGGAAUAAUAACAACCAUAACGAUAACCAUAAAGAUGAUGUGCCGGACAUUAAAGACCAGGACCAUCUCAAAGAACCCAUAUAUGAUAUAGCCCAAAUAAAUAGGCGGAAUCGAGAGCAAUUACUUUCAAAAGCCACCAAUAUGUUCUCAAGAUUACGGAUCCGAUUCAAAUGGUUGUUGAAGAAGUCCAAUCGACCUUUUAAUACUGAUGAUUAUUCGGCAGUAUUUUCAUGGCUUGUAGUUGGUAAUGCUUUACUUAUUGUUCUUGGUACAACAACUUUUGUAUCAAUAAUAAUUUUUACAGCUAAUACUGUAUUUGCUCAAGAAUUUGUGGCUAGAAAAUUAGGAGAAUUCAUAACUAAAAAUUCAAAUUUAACCGUUACUUUCGAACAUGCUAUUGUACCAGGUUGGUCUGAUGGAAAGAUUAGUUUUAAAAAAUGUUUUGUAAGUAAAAGACCUCGAUCUAAAAAGAAAUUUAUUAAGGAAUCACAGGCUGAAGCAUAUGCUGCUAGUUUGACUUCCGAAGAAGAAUUUGAAGAUGAUGGUAAUUAUACUCAAUAUGAUUUAACUAUGGAAGAAGUUAAUGUGACAUUAUCGUUUAAUAAAUGGGUUAAUGGAACAGGAAUUGUAGAAACUAUGGAAAUAAAAGGAAUGAGAGGAGUGGUAGAUCGAACUCAUGUACAUUGGGAUCCUGAUGAUGAUGCCACUAAUUAUAAGAAUAUUUAUCAACCAGGAGAUUUUGAAUUUGAAUCAUUCAAAAUGGAAGAUGUACUAUUUAAUUUGAAGCAACCCAAUGGUUUCCGACCCUUUGAUGUGGCAAUAUAUAGUUGUGAAUUACCUAAAUUAAGGAAACAUUGGUUAUUUUAUGAUUUCUUAAAUGCUAAUAUUAUGAGUGGAUCUUAUGAUAAUUCAUUAUUUACUAUUCAUAAGAAGCAGAGAUUAAAUGAUUUUGAUGAUCCUUCAGAUAUCAGUAAGAAUUGGAAACGAGUCACUAGACUUAGAGUAGAUAAUUUAAAUAUCGAUCAUUUAAAUAAGGGAUUAGAAGGUCCAUUUGGCUGGAUCACUAGUGGUCGAGUUGAUAUGAUUGGUGAUGCCAUGUUUCCUCAAAUAGAUUCUGAUUAUAAUAUGGGAGAAAUAGUGAAUAUUAUAGCAGAUUCUAUUAAAAAGGAAGCUAAUCGUUAUAAAAAUCCUCAAGUAACUAAACCACCAAAACAUCCUGAUCAACAUAUGAGAUUAACGAGUAAUGACUAUAAAGAUAUUAGCAAAUAUUUCGUACUUGAUUUAACUAUCAGAUUAAAUAAUGUUCGAGCAUCAGUACCAUUCCAAACUCCCGAAUUAAGUUAUAUUAAUUAUGCCUUGAUUAGACCUAUUGUAGGAUACAUUAAUUCCAAAAAUACAUUGAUUGAAAUAAAGAAUCGAGUAGUGAAAAACAUUCAAGAUUUUAGUGGAUCAUGGACAGUAUAUGAUUCAUUACUAAUGGAUGAUUUAUCUGAGGAGGUAUACGAUAAUUUUGUGGACUAUGUGGCAGAUGAAGAAGCUCGAAUGCUUCGAAUGAGGAAAGUGGGAUUCUGGUCAAUGCAAUUACUUCUUCAACUAAUUGUAUUUGGAUUAGGAGCAUUAGCAUGACAUGAGAGAAAUUAAGGGACUGACUACAAAAAAAACUUGUAAAUAUAUAUAUAAAUAGCU